AUGCCGGUUCCAGCAUCCAAAAGCAGCGCCAGCAUGAUGGAGGAAUUCCCAGGUUUUGUUGUGGACGAUCUCGACAUACCAUUUGAGGAGGAUUUGUUACGGAAUACAUAUUCAGUGAAAGCCUGGAUGCGAUACUUGGAUCACAAGAAAGGUGCCCCGCGCUCACAGCGCGAUAUGGUAAGGAUCGUUCUACUUCACAUGGAAAAGUGUUUGUCGUUCGUAUGUGUGCACGACUAA